GUACGAGUGCGAAUGGAAUGGAAAACUUAAUUCUUCUCCUUUCCAAGACCCCCCAUACCUAAUGUUUCCGAUGGUUCCUUCCUUUCAUUUUCAUCUCCUAAAAUUAUUUAUUCCAGUAAACUCUACUGGUUGACCAGAUUUUCAAUUGCUGCAGAUUUCUUCAAUUAAAAAAGCAAGUGGCUUGUCAAUUCGGUCCCAUAAAACCAAUGGAUUCAGAUCCUUGAAAAUAAAGGGGCUUGGACUGAUUCAUGUUUUGUUUAUAUAAAGAUAAUAGUUUUCCCUCUGUUUCACCAUUAAAGGCUAGCCUGGAUGAAGGAAGAUUCAAGAUCUGAAGCUGCCAAGGUCUUAUUUUUCACUCAAUUUGAUUUCAUUUAAUCUUAGAAGCAAACCCCUUUUUUGCAAUUUGGGAAUUUUUCAUUGAUUAGACCAUGAAUUAGACUAAUUUCAGCAUGGGUUUUUGAUUUUGAUUCAUAUAAUUCAUGAUUUACAAUUAAGUGUUAAUUUUUCUUUCAAGUUUUUUUUUUUUUUUAGGAAUUUUUAUGAUGUCUGAUGUCUGCGGUUCAAGGUUGUUUAUGUCUUUACCAGAUGAUGUAUUUUUACUUCUGACUGAUUCUGUAUCUCCUAGAGAUCUAUGUUCAAUCAGUUUAUGUUGUACUAGUUUGAAUACCCUUGUAUCUUCAGAUAAAGUAUGGUUGUCACAGUGUGAAAGCCUUGGAAUUGUGAAUUCACAAGCAGAUCUUGUUGAAUGGAGAAAUGGUGUUACGUCGUAUAAAAGUUUAUGCAAGUUUAUGUUCAGUGUACAACCUUUACUUGGUAUUUGGGUUCAUCAAAACCCGGAGCUUGGUAAUGUGGUUUAUGUCAUGCCGGGAUUUUUAUCAGUUGUUGGUUGCCGAAUUUUACCGCAAGAGCUUGGUCCAUUGGGGCUUCUUGAUGGAUCACUUUUGUGGGCUCCAGUUUUUGAGAUUAUCUGUGGUGAGAAUGGGGAGUUGGUGUUUCUCCUUCAUGGGCAAGACAGAGAUGGCGAGUACUUUUAUCCUGGUUCCGUUGAACCUGUUGAUAGGAGUUGUAAUGUUUUGUUACUCGAGGUUGAGCCAAGAAUGCAGAGUAAUUGUUGUAAAUUGUUGCGUAGUAAGAGCCUUGGUCAUCCUCAUUUGGAUUGGGAGUCUAUGAGAUGGACUCAUAGGUCAGAUGGUGGCGGAUUUAGCAGGUCAGAAAGGGUGUUUGGAUGGAACAGUUCUGUAGUUGCAUUUGACCGUUUAACAUUUGAAGACAGACAGAAAUUGCUUGAACUUGCUACGAGUCAAGUAGGUUUGAAGGUUCUUGAUUUAGCUUCUGGUCCAUUGUUUCCUCGCUGUGGUGAUGGAGGUGAUGGCUUAAAGAAAGACUUAAUGCUUUUGUCAGAACGAAGGUUGCUACUUAUCAAAUUGUAUCAGAAAGGCAGCGGCGAGUACACGGAAUGGGAAACAAUGUCUGGGAAGCCAUCAAAUACGACUAGGGUGGUUGCAAGGAAACCAAAGAAGAGUCUUGAACCCCCAAGUAGUUCUGGUACGUUGCUUAAUGUGGAUGAUACUAAGAGAAGAAGUGUUGCCAUUUGCUUGAAGGAGAGCCUGACUCCAGUACUUGGCAAGUUUAUUCCGACUGGCGGACUUGUGGUAUCAAAAAGCGGUCCUUUGAGCUCGGAAAGUAAUCAUACAUCACAGCUCCAUGAGUUUCUUUGGUCUGGUGACACAAUAGGGCUCAGUCUACAUGCCUCGACUUUGGAGCUAACUACUUGGAGAGCAUGUCCAAAGAUGCAUGAUGACAAAUAUGCCCUCUACAAGUUGCCUACGUGGAACCCAAAGUCUGGUCAAGAGUAUGCUGGCUUAUGGGGUGGAUCUUUUGGCUGGCCACCUGGUAGACCCAGCGAAGACAAGGAAAAAGCCUUGUUCUUUCUUUUCCUUUCUUACGAAGAAUCCGAGGGGGAACAACUUCUGACUGCAACCAAAAUAUUAGAAGGUAACCAUUAUGUUGAUCAUCCAAAUGGAUCAGCAAUGUUUGUUGUGAAUGUUGGCGAGCUAUCAACGGAUCCAUUCCCGUUAGAGACAGAUGGAGACUUUGCUACUUUGGACAUAAAACAUACUUAUACAGGCAAAGGUAUUGCAGAUGGUUAUGGUUUUCGGUAUCCUGGAUCCAAGCCUGGUUCUUUAUUUGCAAUUCAAGAUGAUCUCCUUGCAUUUGUUUGGAAGGAAUCUAGAACUGUCUUAACCCUACAGAGGAUCGACCUGCAAGAGCUCUUGAGGAAAGGUGAAAGGGUUCCUGCUUUACCUCCUAUAGAGAACUUCACAUAUCUGACGAGAUCAUAUUCAAAUGUAUACACAAGCUUCUCCGACUCCACAUCUGCGCUUUAAGCAUCACUCAUCUUGUGCUUUUAAGCUUUCUAAGUUUUCCAAUCUCAUUUGCCUUCUUACUGUAAGUUUACUAUUCUACUCUCAUUCAAAUACCAGAAAGCCUAGUAUUCCAGUAUUUCAGAUUCUCAGUAUAAGCAAAAAUGAGUUUAAUCUUUGUUUGUGUAAAUAUAAGAGCUAUCUAUUGUUUUAGGGGAGGGAACCCUGAGGAUAUAAAAUGAAAUUUGAUACCCACAUGAUUCCACUGUAAACCUACACAAGAAAACUCGUCCCAUUGUGGUUUAAGUGAUUUUUAGUGUAGCUUUGAUCUGUUGAAUA